CCGCGCUCGCUCCGAACGGAUGUGGAGCCGUUCCACAGCUCGGCCACACGGACGGGCCGUGUCCUGCCUCCUGUUUGCGAACUCGCUGCUGGUCCAGCCUCCUUCCGUCCUCCUUAUUAGUAACGUGCUGCCUUAUGCGAUAAUAAAUGGGAUCACUUUAAUGACCUUUAGUCACGGGGCUGCUGGGGUCAGAUUAUCCAGUUCAGCAUCUCCACCUUGCUGAGACACUGGACGCUGCUCUCUUUUAUAGCGAGGAAAAUCUGAACUCCUCCGACACUCAGGAUGGGGAAAGAUUAUUAUUCUAUCCUGGGAAUUGAAAAAGGGGCUUCUGACGAGGAUAUCAAAAAGGCUUACAGGAAACAAGCGCUGAAAUGGCAUCCGGAUAAGAACAAAUCUCCCCACGCAGAAGAAAAAUUCAAAGAGGUUGCAGAAGCUUAUGAAGUGCUGAGUGAUCCCAAAAAGAGAGACAUCUAUGAUCAGUUUGGGGAGGAAGGUCUGAAAGGAGGAGCUGGAGGAUCUGAUGGACAGGGCGGUACCUUCCGGUACUCCUUCCACGGCGACCCACACGCCACAUUUGCAGCUUUCUUUGGGGGCACAAAUCCUUUUGAGAUCUUCUUUGGAAGGAGGAUGCCUGGUGGCAGAGACACUGAAGACAUGGAGGUGGAUGGUGAUCCCUUUGGAUCCUUCACUACCUUCAGCAUGAAUGGUUUUCCAAGGGAAAGGAAUACAGUUGGCAGCCAGUUACGUCGUAAACAAGAUCCCCCUGUGAUCCACGAACUCAAGGUGUCACUGGAAGAGAUCUACCACGGCUGCACGAAAAGAAUGAGGAUUUCACGGAAAAGGCUGAACCCAGAUGGCAGAAGUGUCCGAACAGAGGACAAAAUUCUUACCAUCGAGAUCAAAAGAGGGUGGAAAGAAGGCACCAAAAUCACUUUUCCAAAAGAGGGCGAUGAAACCCCCAACACAAUUCCAGCUGAUAUUGUUUUUAUCAUUAAAGAUAAACCUCACUCUCAUUUCAAGAGAGAUGGAUCAAAUAUUAUCUAUCCUGUUAAGAUCAAUUUAAGGGAGGCGUUGUGUGGCAGCUCUUUCAACGUGCCAACCAUAGAAGGAAGAACCAUACCCAUGACAGUAAACGAAGUGGUAAAGCCUGGGAUGAGAAGAAGAAUUAUAGGAUAUGGUUUGCCACUUCCCAAAAAUCCUGACCAACGUGGAGACUUAAUUAUAGAGUUUGAAGUGAUUUUCCCAGAUAACAUUUCUCCAGCAUCAAAAGAAGUACUUAGGCGAAAUCUUCCAGUUUCAUAAAAUGGAAGACUGUGUAUGUCAACAGAUUAAAAUAGGACACUGGAAAUGCAGAAGACUGGCAAGUCUGUGCUUUAAAAGUGCAAUCUGUAACAACUAGUGGAAUCUUUGUUUCUUUUUGUUUUGUGGGAUGGGUGGGGGGGAAUACUGUAAUGCUGCAUGAGAAGAAAAGGAUUCAAGUACAAGUCAUACAGGUGAAUUCUGCAGUAAAAUUUACAGGGAAAACCACUCAUGUUGUUUUAAUCUUCCUAAUCAACAAAAUUUAUUCAUUAUUUUGCUUAAUAUAAAAUGCAGUAAUUUUUUACAAAGCCAGUGCAUAUUUCUGAUACAGUACUUGAGCCUCCAAGUACUUUCUUUCUUAUAUCCUUACCCUAUCUGUAACAUUACACAUUUAUACAAAAGUUGGAGAUAGUAGUAGAAAUACACAAAUAUAUAAACAUUUAAAAGAGCAAAACACGAAAGAGAUCUUUUUGGUAUGUUGCCUUCCACUGCACAAAGCAUAGGCUGGAAAAAUCAGGUUGGACUCCUGAACCUCCCCCCAGUGCAAUGAAAGCCUUCUCUUUAUUGCCCCAGGAAUGUCAGGACUGCACUGUGAGUCUAGCAAAGGGCAGAUGGCUUGAGGAGCCAGAGGAGCCAUUUGCUGUGGGACAGUUCCUCAGCCUUCAGGCAGCACAGCAAGAAGGGAUUCCACAAGUAACAAGUGGGCCUGCUGUCAGAUGGGGCAGGGGAGCUGGUGACAAGUAACACGGAGAAGGCUGAGUUACUCUGUGCCUUCUUUGCAUCAGUCUCUACCAGUAAAACAAGCAGUGAGGAAUUCCAGAUCCCUGAGACCAGAGGGGAAGUCUGGAAGCUUGGCAGUGGAGGACCAGGUUAGGGUGCACUUGAACUGGAAGCCUGUGAGUCUGACAGGUUGCCCCCAAGCAUUGAGGGAGCUGGCUAAUGCCACUGCAAGGCCACUCUUACUUAUCUUUGGUCAUGGAGAUUGAGAGAUGUUCCAAUAGACUGGAAAAGAGAAAAUACCACUUCUCAAGAGGAACAAGAAGGAAGUUAGUCAGCUUCACCUCAAGCCAUGGUAAAGUGAUGGAAAAAAAUCCCCCUGGAAUGCAUUUCCAGAAGGUGAUCAGGAAUAUUCAGCAUUAAUGUACAGUCGGGAAAUCUUGCUUGACCAAUCUCAUUGCCAUCCCCAGUGAGCUUUGGGGAUGUCAGGAGAACAGUCCUCGUUGUUUGCCUUUUACAUCUGCAGGCAGACUCAUAAAGUACAGGUUAGAUGAAGUGGAAAGUGAGGUGGAUUUAAAAGCUGGCCAAAUGAGUGGGCACAGGGGCUUGUAAUCCAUGGCACAAAGUCCAGAUGGAGACAAGUCAAUCCUGGUGUACCCUAUGGCUCAGUACUGGGGCCAGUACUGUUCAGCAUCAUUAAUGACCUGAAUGAUGGGAUGGAGUUUCCAAAUCAUAUAAAAUGUGGGAGGAGUGGCUGAUGUACUGCCUUUCAAAGGGACCUCAACAGGCUGGAGAACUGGACAGAGGAUUCUCACAAAGUUCAGCAAAGGGGAAUGCAAAGUCUUGCUCCCUGAGGAGCAGCUGACCAGCAAACUCACUGACUGUGAGCCAGCAGUGCAGCCUUGUGGCAACAAAGGCCAGAGCUUUGCUAGCAGACGGAGGGAGAUGAUCUCUGUCAGCCCUGAGGAGGAUACAGCUCGAGUACUGGACUCCCCAGUCCUUGGAAGAUACAAAUUUAGUGGAGUGGCUCUAGCACAGAACCAUGUAUGAGAGGCUGAGAUAGCUGGAGCUCUUCAGCCUGGAGGAGAUCUUGGUACCUGAUGUGAGGGAAUGAAGAUAGAGGAGCCAGGCUCUUCUCAGUAGCUCUCAGUGACAGGACUAAAGGGACACCAGUUAAUACACAGGGGAUUCCAUCUGAACACAAGGAAGCACCUUUCUACCGAGAGGAUGGUCAGACACUGGAAUGGGUUGCCCAGAGAGGUUGAGGAGUUGCCAUCCCUGGAGAUGCUCAUAACCUGAGCAGACAUGGUCCUGGGCAGCUGCUCCAGCUGACCAUGCACGAGCUGGGGUGUUGGACUACGUCAUGCCAAGAGGUUUCUUGCCUCCUAAAUCAUUCUGUGACCUUGGACUUGGCACUUUUCACUAGACGGUGCUCUGAGCCAUGUUCUGCAAAGGAGGCUUGGCCCAGAGCUGGGGGGUACUCGUGACAAGGGCCUGGGGAGCAGGUCUGUACUGGAGUGGAAAGCUGCACAAAGGACCCUCUAAAAGCAUUUGGCUUGGGCAGGGGUUCAAAGAUCACGCUGAUCUCAAGCAUUCGUUAUUUUCAGAGGCCAAAUUUUACUCCCUUGAAGAAGAAGGAAGAGCCCAGGUCCUAAGGAGAGUUUGCUUAAAACACAAAGUGGGAUAGGGGUUGCCCAUAAACUUUCAUAUGCUUGAACUGAGUCUUUUUUGAAUACAAAAUGAGUUAGUUGUCUUUAUAGUUUAAAAGAUGCAUAGAGAGAUGGAGAGCCCUCUGUAAUAGUCUAGUUUUAUAAUACAGUAAUAGGGCUGGUUCCCUUGAUUGUGGCAUGGUAUUGGUGAAAGAAAUGCCUUGUGGGCAUGCUUUAUUACUUGAGUUUAAAACCAUAAUACAGUGCUUUAACAAUACUUUCAAAGGGGGUUGUUUUUUUUGUUGUUGUUGUUGUUUUUUUUUUCAUAAGAAAAUAUGUAAGAUUUGCUGUCAGCCUUUUGCCUGUGGAAAUUUAGAAGUUACCUGCUCUCUUAAGUAGCUUAAGAAAUGGCAGUGUUACAUAUGUGAUUCUCUGCAGGAAAGUAGAUCAUAUGGAAGUUGGGAUUUAAUUUACAAUAACUGCUUAUUGAGCACAAGAAGAAUCCCAUUUCUGUUACUCAAAGGAAUAGAAUUUCUGGGAGAUAUUGUUCAAAUCAAUCUUUUGACUGCAGAUCUUUCCAUGUCAUAUCAGUUAGUUGUAGUUCUAAAUCCUGCAGGAAGGAAACAAUUGCUGGAGCAGUAUCACAAAGAAAAAAAUUGCUGCUUAGUGCUUCUGCAUAUUGUUAACACUAUAUAUUGUUUGUUCAAAAAAUUUCCAUUUCAGUAUGUUCCGUAUUGCAUUUCUUAUGUGGUUUUUAAGUAAAAAAAUGUAAAGUUGGUUUUUAACAUUCUCUUAUAUUUUGUUAUGAUGGUAAAUGCUACAAGCUACACGACUUCAAAAGCGUAUCAUCCUAAAAUACCUGUUUGUCAGUUUAAAAGCUAAUAGAAUCGAGCAUUUUGUAAUCCAGGAUCUUGUAAUGAUAGUCCAACUUGUAAAAAAAAAAACCAGUUACAGCAACUAGGACUAUUUUUUGUAAUUAUCUUCAGGCAAGAGGAGUAGUGUUAAAUUGAAGAAUUGCAGUAUCUUGUGUAUUUAGAGGUGUAUAUAGAUUAUAUAUAUAUAUGUAUAGCAAACUAAACUUUUCCAACUGUUUUCAAGCUCAAAAUAUAAAACUUGUAGGACUGGUAUGAAAUAAAUGCUUGUAUUUCUUUUCUUAUGGAGAGUUAACAAAGUAUAUGUUUCAGAAAACAGCAUGUAGAACUACUUCAAAAUAUGAGAGGAAGCAUUAAUAUCUAAUCCAGGAUUCACAAAAAAUAAUAUUUUUCUAAUCAAAAAUGUGCUUAAAAGCUAUGUUUUAAAACCCACUUGAUUAUUUAAUAAAGGCUACUUGGGAGAAGGAAGCAAGUACUCAGUCACCUACUAUAUUUGUAACUACUGAAAUACAUGGAAAUAAAACGGUCAUUCAUGAA